UCAGCCAAAGAAACGGAGAGCCCCCAAACGCAGCUCAUCAUCCUUCUCUCCGGCGCGCAUAUAUACCGGCCGCUCUGACGCCUUCACGCACCACAAGCACAACAGCGACACGCACGCGCACGGCUUAAUCCCCCUCUCCGGCCGAUCUCCGCCAGCGCCGAGCGAGAAGCAGCUAGCAUGGCUUCGAGCGCCCAGCGAUCCAUGGCGUCCGCCCUCCUGUUCCUCAACCUCAUUAUGUACGUCGUCGUCGCGGCCAUCGCCGGCUGGGCCAUCAACUACAGCAUCGACGAGAGCAUGAACUCACUGCAGGGCGCAUCGCCGCCGGUGCGCCUGUUCCCGAUCUACUUCCCGAUCGGCAACCUGGCGACGGGAUUCUUCGUCAUCUUCGCGCUCAUCACGGGCGUCGUUGGCAUCUCCACGUCGCUCACCGGCCUGCACGAUGUCAGCCAGGGGUUCCCGGCCAACAUGAUGUCCGCCGCCGCAUCCGCGCUCGUCACCUGGACCCUCACCCUCCUCGCCAUGGGGCUGGCGUGCAAGGAGAUCAGCAUCAGCUGGAGGCCCGCGAGCCUGAGAACUUUGGAGGCGUUCACCAUCAUCCUGUCCGGGACGCAGCUCCUCUGCGCCGGGUCGCUCCACGCCGGCGCGCACGAGGCCAUCGUCGCGACCCCCAUCGGCGGCAGGGUUUGAUAGCGUGACUGAGGCGGCAACGACCAUGUCUCAUCUUGGCAGUGAUUGGCGGUCUGUGUGGGUGCGCGCGUGAUCGAUGUGUGGCGGCACACGUGUGCCGUUUGUGCUUCUGGGUGCUUAAAAUUCGUGUGUUUAUUGGUUUGUAAAGUGGUGGUCUCAUGGUGAAUUGAACGAUCGGGUAUUCUUUCCAUGGAAGUCUGCGAGUAAAAUUGAAAUGGAUUUCAGGCCUGGGUUGACAUCUGACGAGAUCUUUAUACAA